AUGGCCUCCACCUCGAGCCGCUUCCUGGCCGUGGCGCUCGUCAUGGCCGCCGUGCUCCUCAGCGGCGCCAACACGUGCCACGCGACCCGCCGCCUCGACGAGCUGCCGCUGCCUCAAGUGCCAGGUGUGCCAAAGCUGCCGAUGCCUGAAGUGCCGAAUCUGCCAGUGCCGGUGGUGCCCAAGCUGCCGAUGCCUGAAGUGCCGAAGCUUCCAGUGCCGCCGGUGCCCGAAGUGCCGACGGUGCCCCAACUGCCUGGCGUGCCCGGCGUGCCGCUGCCUUCCGCCGCGGUGCCAUAG